AUGGCCAGCUCCACCGUCGUCUUCAUCAGUGGUGCAGGAAGAGGCAUUGGGAGGAGCUUAGCGGAAGCUUAUCUCUCGCGCCCGAACCAUACCGUAGUGGGCAGCGUCCGUGACCCUACUAGCGCCAAUGCCCAGGAGAUCAAGGCCUUCCCUGCCGCCGAGGGCAGCCGGUUCCUGUUAGUCAAGAUCGAGAGCAGCUCCUUCUCGGACCCUGCCGCAGCCGUCAAGGAGGCCGAGGCUGCGGGCGUCGACCACAUCGACGUCCUCAUCGCCAACGCCGGCGGUGCCGGCGGCAGCAUCUCGCCCCUCGAUAAGGUCACCCCCCAGGACGUCACCGACGUGUUCAACAUCAACGCCCUCGGUCCCUUGGCGCUGUACCAGGCCGCGAAGCCCCUGCUGGACAAGUCCAAGGCUCCCAAGUUCCUAGGAAUCUCAAGUGCCGUUGGCUCUAUCGGGAAUAUGGAGAACUUCCGGGCGCACGUUGCGCCGGCUUAUGGUAUCGCUAAGGCGGGGUUGAAUUGGAUCUCCGUGGCCGCCCACAGCGGAAACAAGGAGUACAUCUCCUUCGUCGUGCAUCCCGGUCUCGUGCAGACCGACGGCGGCAACAGAGCCGCGAAGGGCAUGGGAUUACCCCAGGCACCGCACACCAAGAAGCAGAGCACUGACGCCAUCCUCGCUCUGCUUGAUAACGCCACCCGCGAGAAGACGUCCGGCAAGUUCUUCGAUGCUAUCGCCGGGACCGAGAUCCCGUGGUGA